UACGCUGCCUAGCAACGUUUACUUUGUGGUGGAUUUAGAAUGGAUCUUAUUCUUGUUUAUUCAGACUUCGGGUGUAGAGUGCUGUAUUUCAGUAGCAGUGUGUGGUCGCUGUAUUAAAACUAAUGCGGAAGUGGACGGCAAAGCAGGGUAGAAAGUGUUCACUAUGAAAACACUCGAUUCAGAUCGAGCACCUUUGAAGCUGGUACAUGAUGAGACACCAAUGGAUGUGACACUCCUGAAUCUUAACCAGCAGCAUCCUGCGCGUGAGCAUUAUCAUUUCCGUGGCUUCCCAGCUCAUAACUUUAGCGAAGGGACCCAGCCAAAGCUAGGUCCCCCUGGAGUACCGGAGGCUGAUUUUCUGAAUCACAGCUUCAGGAAAAAACAGCACUUUGUCAAGGGUUUGCCACCUGAUGUGAAGUGUGAUCCCCAAAAUGACAAUAUUCUUGGACGUGUCAUUGAUCCAGCCCCGGAGAACACCAUUGAGUAUGGAACUAACAGGAUGGCACCCAGCAGGGCUGAUCCACUCCCUCUCAAGACCCUCUUCUACAAGGAACAUAUCACAUCUGCAGAAAAAAGGAAAAGAGAACAUCAAAUGAAAGAAGCAGUGGAGGAUAUAGCAAGAUUUAAGACAGAAAAAUUAGAUAAGCAGUUGUCAGAAAGAGAAGAAAAGAGAAAGGAUUUACAGAUGUUGAGGGACUACCAGCCAUGGGGCAAGCCAGGGGCAGGGGCUCCUAAAAGGGACACCAAUAUACGUACUAAGGCUCUUGAUACAGUAAUAUUAUAUGAUGGGGAGCCUGUGCAAAAAUUUCUUGCAUUUGGAAAGCCAGGCCAUGGGGCACCUUUACGAACCAAUUCUGGUAAUCAAGUCACUUGUAUCCGUGCCAAUCAUGACAUUCGUUUCUGCGACCUUAAAGGAAUGAAAGAAGCUGUUAACAAUCAUGCACGCUACGCAGUGCCAUGUCACGAAGGGAAAGGUUAUGCAGACGAGUUAGGAAAUAUGGUUCUUGAAAAAAGGACUCAAAGAGAGAAGGAACGGUAUUUAGAGAAGAUGCAAGAGAAAGAAACGUGGAAACACGAUCCAUUUGGACUGCCAGGAGGGGGAGCUCCACUUAAGACUAAUUCAGGUAAAUUACAAACACGUCACAACAUCACGUUGAUAAAGGAUGCUAAAGAAAUGAGGGACAUCGAACAUCGCCAUCUCAGAAAAGAAAUUUUGCAGUCACAUCACAAUGAACAAUCAGAGAAUAUGAAAUCAAAUAAUGAUGCACCACGUCAUUUUGAGGAUGAUGGUAAUUACGAUCCAUGGGGUAAAGGCUUCGGAGCUCCAGAUCGAGAUGAAAAGGGGCGUGUAAAGCGUCACCCUUGGGCAAACCAAACAGGGGUUCAUGAUUUUAUUGAUCCAAAAAUAUCUGGAGGUGCAUUAGAAACUAAAUCUUUUGGAGGCGGGGGAUUCAAUGUUGAUGCUAAGGGGGAGAAAAGAACAAAGUUUUCUGUAACACUUGACCACGAUCGAACCGGAGGUUUUCGUACAGCCAGGGGUCAUUCAGAGCCAAUACUUAAAGACAGUCAGAAAACAAAGCUAGAUGGUGGGUUUUAUCCUUGGGGAAAACCUGGGGGAGGCGCUCCUUUGAUGGACGGACAAGGUCGCCUAGCCGCUGGGAUCAGUGGGAAGAUGAUGACCGACAAGUUUGGCUACUCAAAGCCAAAUGUUGACGAAUUGAAAGCUAAACAAGAAUAUUUGUCUGACCUUAAAAAUGGGAUUUUUGAGCAACAGCUGUUAAGAAGAAGUAUCGAAGAAGAAAUUAAGAGACCUGGUAAUGAGGUUGGACCAUGGAUCCGAGAAAAAGAGGUUGGAUAUCCAAAAAAGGACCCUGUGACUGGGGCAGUGCUUGCUGUACACCAUAAACCGGUUUCAGAUGUCACAAAGCUAAGAAUGGAUAUUCGUUCUCAUGCAAGGCCCUCUGAAAUGAUAAAGUACAACAGUGAUCUCGAACAGCAAGCCAGGGAACGACACAUCAACAAACAGGCGGAAAAACAAGCCUCAAGGGAUUUAUCUGCCCAGCACCACACAAACUUUGAUCGUGCCUGGGGUAAACCAGGCCAUGGUGCUCCUAAAACCACCAAUAACCGCCUGUCCCUGGACAUGGAGAAGGAAUAUCAGGGCGAUAUGCAUAGCCAAGCACCAUGGACUCAACCGCAUGCUUCUAUAGCUAUCAGUAAACCUUGGGUUCGAACCACUGCUCUCGAGAACCGCUUCAAUCGGUAUUCCGAACAAAAUCUACCGCAGAGAGCAUUUCCUGUGCGUGUUCCCUGGGCGACAUAUAGUUUGCCUUGAGGACAGUGUAUACGAGUGGCAUUGAUUUUAGCGGAACACUGAACAUUAAAUCUCUGUCAUCCAUUUGAAAUGAAUGUAUUAUAUUGGAAGUCUUCAACAAAAGCAUUGUCAGAUAAUCAGAUUGGGUAUUAUUUGUAAAUAUUUCAAAUAAAUACUUAAAGACUAUAAAACUGUUAAUAGAUUUUAUUUUUAAUGUGGUAUUUAAGUAUUUGUAUUCUUAAGGUGCAUUUUAUAAAAAUGAAUAUUUGUGCACAAAUCCGUCCAAAUGAGGGUAUGGUGUAUUGUGAUGAGGACAGUGUUGUUGCUGAUGAUGAUGUAGUUGCUGAUGACAAAGUUGAUGGUAUUUAUUGGGACAAAAAAAAAAUUAACACUUAAAAAAGAAUGAUGUUUUGACUACAUCAUGGUGUCAUUUUCAAGUUCUUUUUUAAGCAUUAUUUUUUUUUAUAAUUAUUUAUUCCAAACGUACUUUUAUUCCUAAUUAUUGCAAUGUUCUAUUUUUAAAAAUGUCAUUCUAAUCCAAGUGCUAUAGGGACUCAAUUACAGGAUCGAAUAUAUUCUUAAUUAAACCUCUCACUUGCAAGGUUUAAUGUGCUGAGUUGUUAGUUUUGAGAAUAAAUAUGUUUAGCAAAUCUAAAAAUAGAAAGGCAAAGCAUUGUAACCAAUUCUGAAUGCACUAAUGGCUUCUAAGACCCACAAAUUUUCUAGUGCAUAGAAAGCUACUAUAAUAUUUUUUUUUAAUAAGAGAUCAAACAUAUCAUGUACUAUUGGCAAAAUAUACUGCUGAGAAUGGAAAAUGAACAUUUCACUGAAGGUCAAAUAUUGACAUCUCAAUUGGAUUAUGAAUAAAUAAUGUUUUUUCCACAUUCAAAAAGUCUGUCUAUGAUUAAAUUUUGCUCUCAGACCUGUGGUUAACUGUGAUACAAUGUCUACAGUUGCUCAAAUGUUACAUAUACUGUUGUUGGCAGAAAUUUAAAUGUUAUGUAUGUCUUAUGGCCGUUCUUUUUAUGUAUUUUUAAAAAUCUUAUGCCAAUUCCAAAGUAAACAGAUUUCUUUUGUUGCUACUUGUAAUUUUUAUCAGGCGCAAUUUUAUCUACAGUAUUUUUAUGUUUAUGUAACUAUAUACCAUAUCUUGCCAAUUCUAUUGCACACGUGUGUCUGAAUGUGUAUUUCUUACAUUCUAUUCAACCGUUUAUAUUUUUUAAUGUGAAUUAAAAUAUUUAUAAAGCUCAAGGUCAAUAUUUAAGACAUGUUUCCCUCUAAAACAGAGUACAAUAACAUAUUGAAUACAGUAGUCCUCUCAAAGUACAAUGUACAUAAUGUUGAAUAAAACAUGUCCUAAGGUAAAUCCAUUUAA